AUGGAUUUGGGAUUACUAAUUGCGGACUUGUCCUAAGGGAUAAAGCGCGGCCAGCGGGAGUGAAAGCCUCUUUUUUCAGCGGCCUCCUUUGAGCAAGGACCCAAGGAAAACCGCAGUGGGAAAGGCAACAUAAAAACGUCCAACUUCAAGUAGAUGAAAAAGUCCUCCAGGUGACCGCACGUCUACUUCAGACCCUGGAGGCAACAUGGAGUUUGUUUAUGAUCUUUUAGGGGACAAUGCUUGGCUGUACAUCCUUGGCACCCUCACAGUGAUAUGGGUGGCAGUGUGGCUGUACAGAGACAGCCUGGAGAUCGAAGACUUGGCCGACAAAUACGUCUUUGUGACCGGCUGCGACUCGGGCUUUGGUAACCUGCUGUGUAGGAAACUGGACCGAAAAGGUUUCCGCGUGCUGGCCGGUUGCCUCACGGAGAAGGGAGCUGACGAACUGAGAAGCAUGACGGGAUCGUACUUGAAGACGGUCCUGCUGGACGUGACCAGUCAGGACAGCAUCCAGAAAGCCAUGGAGUGGACCAAGGAAGAGGUUGGCGAUAAUGGACUCUGGGGUAUCGUGAACAACGCUGGCCGCUCAUUACCCAUGGGCCCCACCGAGUGGAUGAAAGUGGAGGACUUCCACAGCACGCUCAAGGUCAACAUGAACGGCACCAUCGCCAUGACGAUGACCUUCCUGCCCCUGGUCAAGAAGGGCCGCGGGCGCGUGGUGAACGUGGCGUCGGUGCUGGGCAGGGUGGCGGCCAACGGCGGCGGUUACUGCAUCUCCAAGUUUGCUGUGGAGUCUUUCUCCGACUGCCUCAGGAGAGACAUCAACUACUUCGGGGUGAAAGUGUGCAUCAUCGAACCGGGCUUUUUCAAGACCGCCGUGACCAACCUGGAUCCCAUCGAGAGAGAGCUGCAUCGCUUGUGGGACCAGCUCAGCCCGGAAGUGCAAGCCAGCUAUGGAGACAAGUACCUUGAUAAGUACAUCAGGAUCCAGCGGUUCAUCAUGAACGCCAUCUGCGACGCCGACCUCACCAAGGUGACCACCUGCAUGGAGCACGCCCUGACCGCCGUGUACCCGCGCACACGCUACAGCGCCGGCUGGGACGCCAAGCUGCUCUGGAUCCCGCUCUCGUACAUGCCGUCCUGCGUGGUCGACAUCGGGCUCAAGCUGGUUCUGCCCCGUCCGUCCAAAAGUGUGUGACUCCCCCCUCCAUUCAUGGGAGAGAGUUAGUUGUGGUAACUUAUAAUAAUUACUGAUGUAUUCAUAAGUUAGGUGUGUAAUCUUUCUUGUCAAAAUAUAUUUCCUUAAUUCAUUUAGUUUAAAAAAAAAAAGGUGCAAUUUACUGUUCAUUUUGACUGUGAUGUGCCUUUUUUUUGCCAUACUCGGCCUAUUUAUGCUCCUUCAGCUUGAGGAAUGAGCUUAGUCAAA